GCCAGCAGAUCAGGAAGUUGAUUAAGGAUGGUCUGAUCAUCCGCAAACCCGUCACCGUUCACUCUCGUGCCCGAUGCAGGAAGAACACCUUGGCCCGCCGGAAGGGCAGGCACAUGGGCAUCGGUAAGAGAAAGGGUACGGCCAACGCUCGCAUGCCUGAGAAGGUGACCUGGAUGAGGAGGAUGCGAAUUUUGAGGCGCCUGCUCCGCAGAUACAGGGAAUCCAAGAAGAUCGACCGCCACAUGUACCACAGCCUGUACCUGAAGGUCAAGGGUAACGUGUUCAAGAACAAGCGGAUCCUCAUGGAGCACAUCCACAAGCUCAAGGCGGACAAAGCCCGCAAGAAGCUCUUGGCCGACCAGGCUGAAGCUCGCCGGUCCAAAACCAAGGAGGCGCGUAAGCGCCGCGAGGAGCGUCUGCAGGCCAAGAAGGAGGAGAUCAUCAAGACCCUCUCCAAGGAGGAAGAGACCAAGAAGUGAGCGCUGCUGCUGCCCCGCCCGCGAGCCUUCAAUAAAACAUCCAGGACUUGUCC